AUGCAAGCAACAAAGCUGGAAAGGAAGGAUCUUAGUUUGGUUGGUGCAAGUAGGACAGAUAAGGGAGUACAUGCUUGGGGUCAGGUUGCACACUUUGUCACACCUUUCAACUAUGACAGCAUAGAUAGCAUUCAUGCAGCUCUCAAUGGUCUUCUUCCUUCUGAUAUUCGACGUCACUAUGCUUACCAUAGUGCUCAUAAGCUAAACCCCGCUGCUAUGAAAGAAGCUGCAAAGUAUUUUAUUGGAAAGCAUGAUUUCUCUGCUUUUGCCAAUGCCUCCCAGAAAGAACGAGUGCGAGAUCCAGUAAAGAAUAUAUUCCGUUUUGAUGUCAUUGAAAUGGGGGCUCUUUUACAACUAGAAGUUGAAGGCUCGGGUUUCUUAUAUCGACAAGUCCGGAACAUGGUCUCUCUGCUGCUUCAAAUUGGAAGGGAAGCACUUCCUCCUUAUAUUGUUCCCAUGAUAUUGGCAACACGAGAUCGCAGGGAACUUGCUAAAUAUGCCAUGUUUGCUCCACCUCAGGGGCUUAGUCUUGUGACAGUCAAGUAUAACGAGGAGCAUCUAAGGCUUCCAUCUGGUUGCUCCACGAACAGUUUUGGUAGGCAUUAUACCAUAGGCUCAUGUAAGCUUCCAUUCUACUAA